UCUACAUAAUUCCAUUCUCCAACCCGCCUUUUUAAUUGAAACUGUUUAUUUUCUCUUUCUCAAUCUCUUCAGCUCUCCGAUUAGCUUCCUGGGGCAUAAUUUAAAGUUACCAAUCACCCGACGCGCGCUCUCUCUUCGCUACCAUGGUCCUCCACAACCCUAAUAAUUGGCAUUGGGUCAACAAAGACGUCUCAGUGUGGACGCGCGAGUAUCUUGACAAAGAUCUUGCGCAAAUAUCUGCCGAGAAAAAUGGCGUGACAGCAAAGAUUGACAAGGUGGUGAGCAUGGACGGAGAUGUCGAUGUAAGCCAACGCAAGGGCAAGGUCAUCACCAUCUUCGACGUGAAGCUGAAGUUGGAAUACUCAGGCAAGAACAAGGAGGGCGAGGAGACCAGCGGCACUAUUACCAUUCCAGAGGUCGCUCACGACACCGAGGAAGACGAGUAUGUCUUUGAGGUAGAUGUUUACUCUGAGGACAGUAGCAAACAGCCCGUAAAGGAGCUAGUACGCUCUGACAUCCUACCGCAAUUGCGAAAAGCCUUUGCAAAGCUCGCGCCAGCGAUCAUGGCCGAGCAUGCAAAGGAUAUCCAGCAUGCGCCAGGCGCCAACCCCAGCACCAACUUUACGCCUGCCAAGGUUUACUCGAGUUCAAGCGUGAAUAAGUCGAGCAGCUCCAAGGCGGAAGCAACAUCUUCCCAAAAGAGUAGCUCUGGUGCAGUUGUCAACGUGACGACAAUCACAGACAGCGCAGAAUUCCGGACAGAUGCAGCCAAUCUGUACCAGACUUUCACCGACCCCCAGCGUCUUGCCGCGUUCACACGGGCACCGCCUAAGAACUUUACAGGUGCCAAGCCUGGCGGCAAGUUUGAGCUAUUUGGCGGUAACGUCAGCGGAGAGUUUACCGAGCUUGAGGAGCCGACGCAUAUUGUCCAGAAAUGGCGACUUGCACAAUGGCCCGAGGGGCACUACUCGACGCUGUCUAUAUGGUUUGAUCAGAACGACAUUGAUGCAGUGACCGUGAUGAGAGUAGAAUGGGCAGGCGUACCGGUUGGUCAGGAGGAGCCGACCAAGACCAACUGGGAGCAGUAUUAUGUGCGAAGUAUCAAGACGACGUUUGGCUUUGGCACGGUAUUGUAGACGGCCAAGGCUCGGUUGCAUUGUAUUGCGGCACGGGAGUACAAGGCGUUGGAGGGUUUUACGAAUGCAUACGAAGUGACGGACCCGAAAGGGCAUGAAUGAUAGGCAUGAUGGUAGGUGUACUUAGUACAUGUAGAAACAAUCCAAGAGGUCUGAUGACCAAUGAAAGAU